UUUUUUUUUUUUUCUCGCGUCAUUCUCCACUUAAUCAUUCAUACUUCUCCUCGUUUUCCCCAUCUUCUCCUUUCAUCUCGUUCCGCUUCGAUAUUCCUUUCCCACCUGAUGUCGGCAGAUUCCUUUCUUCCUCCACUUUAACUCGCUUCUUCACUUUCUCGGCCGUCAUCCUAUGACAUCAUCCUCUGCACUGUUUCUGGUGCUGGGCAUUUACGUUCGGCAUUUGCUUUCUUUCAUCCAAGGGAUCUCGAUUGUUCGGUUCUAUGGUCUUUUCUCUCCUAUAUAUGGCCCUCCUUCCUCUAGUCAAUGUCUUUUUCUUUUUUUUCUACAAGAUGGUCUGCUUUUUAUGAUCGUUUCUUUUCUUUUCUUUUCAUUUCAUUUCUUUUCGUUUUGUUUUGUUUUGUUUCGUUCAUUCAUUCAUUGAUUGAUUGAUUGAUUGAAUUCUUCCAUUUGAUUCAACUUGGUUUCUCGAGUUUCAUUUCCUUCCUUUUCAUCCUUUUUUUUUUUUUUUUUUAUUUUUUAUUAAUUCAAUUCUCAAUUUCAUUGUUUUCUUUUUAAUACAGCUCUCUGUGUGUGUGCGUGUGUGUGUGUUGCAUUGUGCCAAAUUGAAUUGAAUUGAAUUGGAUUGUAUCAAUUUGAAUGAAAACUACCUUGUUUUUAUUUGCAUUUUGCAUUGCUUGUGUUUACGAGUUUUUGUUUUCUGUCUACGCCUACAUCUACAUCUACAUCUACUUGAUUUCUAACCGAGCCUGUGUCUUUUUUUCUUUUUCUUUUUUUCCUCUUUAUUUGUUGAAUUCAAUUUUACUAAUUCUUUAAAAAUACCCCAUCGCGUUUUCACUACCUUUUCGUCCUAACGCAUUGUCUUUUUUUUUUUUUCUUCUUCUUCUUUUUUUGGUUGUUAUUGUUGUUGUCUUUGAACCCGCAAUUCGACUAUCAUCUUUUAUCAUUUGCCUUUUUUUUCAAUUGCUAUUUUUCUAUAAUUCCCCCUUUUCUUCUUUUCGUUUUCCUUGUUUUUCUCUCUUUCUUACCUACUUACCUACCUACUUACCAAACUUUAUUUUUUUUUUUUUUUCAAUUUGUUUGGUAUCUCCUUUUUAUGCCCUUUUGUUGAUUUCUCGUUUUUUUUUCUUUUCAUAAUUCUAUUUACUUCUUCCUUCUUUCCUCCCUCCCAACCCUCUUGUUUUUCUUUCUUUCUUUCGCAUUCUUCUUCCUUGUCUCCUCAACAUGCCUCACAAAUCUUCCGGUCCUCGUCGUCGUACUGCCGUCGCUUGCGAUCGUUGUCGUCGUAGAAAAAUUCGUUGUAUCGCUAGUGAAUUCCCCAAUCAACCUUGUAUGGCUUGUCAAAAAGCUCAUGCUGAAUGUCAUUUUUCCGUUUCUUCUUGGCGUUCCUCUCGAAAACGUACCACCCCUUUCCAUUGUCCUCCUCAUUCUUCUUCUUCUUCUUCUACUACUACUACCACUACUCCCUCUUCUCCUUCCUUGAUUGCCCCUACUGCUUCCAUUUCUUCCUUCUCUUACCCUUCUUAUAAUACUUAUCCUUCCUUCUCCACCGACCUUUCAUCUUACCCUCCUCCUCCUCCCCCUUCUUCCGCUUCUUCUUCUACUCUCGUUGCUUCCUCCCCUUCUAAACUUUCUUCCUUUUCUCCCUCUUUCGUCUCUUCCACGAUCGCUUCUCCUCUUGAUACCACUACCACCACCACCGCUUCUACUUCUACUUCUUCUUUUCCUUCUAAAUCUUCCCGCAAAUUGUUUUACCCCUCCGGUAAUCCUGCUACACUUCCCUCAUACAACGAUAACGAUCCCCAAGCUCCUCUCACUUCCUCGACUUUUGUCUCUUCUCCCCUUGUACAAUCUUCUCUUUACAUGUCUCCUCCCUCUCAUCCAAUCGACCGUCCCACCUCUCCUACCACCGUUCCCAUAAAACAAUACUCUUCCUCCUCUACUUCUCCUCCUCCUUCUCUUAGCGCUUCCGUCUCCUCCGUCUCUUCUUCCAUUCCCGGCUACGUUGAUCAUGAUCCUCUGCAGCCGUAUCUAUUUCAAACAAAUCCUCUUUUUACCCACUUGGACUCUCCUUCUUCUCCCUCCACCCCAAAUUCAAUUGUCUCCAACCCUACCUUUCCUCCGUCAUCCGACAUCACAACUACAAAGUUUCCUCAGGAAGACUAUGUCAACAAGCCUUUCAUGCAACUUCCCAUGUUAUCUGAUUUAUCCCUCCCAAAGCUUCAACCAUCCCAUUCUCCCAAACGCGAAUCCGCCGAUACCUUUUCUUCUUCUCCUUCCACCUCUUCCGCCUCUUUUCCCUCUUCUAAUUCUCAGCUUUUGGGCGAUUCGGACUUUGACUAUUCUUCCUAUCUCACCGACUCUUCAGACAGUGCCUCCCCAGCUGCUCAGAACGAUGAAAUUGCUUCCCAGUCAUUUACAACUUCCUCUUCCGAUCCUAUCGGCUCUGUUGACCCCCUAAGUCUUGAAAUCGAUCAGUUUACCAAUUUGCAAGAUUCUGUUUCUUCCAAUAAUCCUUUGGAAACCUCUUUCUCUCAAUUCUCCAAUUGCAACCCUUCCAAAUCCUCCGUUCUUUCUUUGACCGUUGGUUCUCCACCCUUGCAAUCCUUUGCUUAUCCCGAAUUUUGUGGAUCACUCGAUGAAUCUUUCCAGUGCUUAGACUUUACUAAUGAGAAUUUGUGGUGGGAGAAUUUUGACUCUGAAAAAGCCUCCCCAUAAAAAGAAAAAAGAAACCAAUAAACCAAACCUCCUUUUAGACAGCGACAUUAAAGAGGACAUGUCGUGCUCUUUGAAAAAAAAAUGGGUGGUGACGAAUGUUAAAGCUGUGUUUUAUUACUUCUUUUUUCUCUUUUUGUAUGGAAGAAAAGUGAGAAAGAACAAUAGACCCCUAGAGGAGAAGUCUUGUGUAUCUUUUUUUUGUAAAAUAACUCUUGUACAAAUCUUUAGUGCCUGGUGCAUUUCUUUUUUGUUGUCGUUGUUUCCUUCAAGUUUAUAAUCGUUGUUUUUUUUUUAUUUUUUUUUUCUUAUGAGAAUACUAAUGGACAUUUAUUUCUUUUAUAAAUUUAUAAAUAUAUAAACAUACAUAUGUUUUUCAAAAAUCUAGUGCAUAAGCGUUCUAACUUUUAAAAAUAUU